AUGAGGAAGGCGUUGUCCCCACAUUUUCUCUCUUCAGGUUCAUCACUGCCUCUGAGCUGUAAAUUAUCUUCAGUGUGUAGCACAAAUGGUACAUCGGUAUUGAGCAUAAAGGUCCCACCGGUCAGUAGAAUCAGUGUUCAACUGGAGAUGCAAGCACUUUGGCAGCAGUUUGACCAGUUAGGCACCGAAAUGAUAGUCACCAAAGCUGGAAGGAAGAUGUUUCCAACAUUCCAGGUGCGACUCUCAGGAAUGGAUCCUACUGCUCAAUAUGUUCUACUCAUGGAUUUUAUUCCUCUUGAUGAUAAAAGAUACAGAUAUGCGUUCCACAGCUCAUCCUGGUUGGUGGCAGGUCGAGCAGAUAUUGCAGCUCCAAGCCGGAUGCACUUCCACCCGGACUCCCCAGCUUGUGGAGCCCAGUGGAUGAAGCAGACCGUGUCCUUUGACACGCUCAAACUGACCAACAACCUGCUUGAUGACAAUGGACAUAUGAUACUGAAUUCUAUGCAUCGUUACCAGCCACGCUUCCAUGUAGUAUAUGUAGAUACAGCACCCAACAGCCAUUUAAAUGCGCACAGAAACUUUUGCUCCUUCUCGUUCCCUGAGACGCGCUUCAUGGCAGUCACCGCCUAUCAAAACCACAGGAUCACUCAACUGAAGAUAGCAAGCAAUCCAUUUGCUAAAGGCUUCAGAACGACAGAUGCAAUAGAUUGGGGGAACAUUUCCAAGUCUCUUGGAGUGUGGUAUUCACCCGAGGACAGGACUGAGCACAAUGUCACCAAACCAAUCAGGGAAAGGGCCUUAAAAGAGUCGACUGAACGGGACGUGUCGCACCUGAUGAAGCAGAGUGGAGCGUUUUGCAACUUCACAGACAAAAUGGUUGGAAGCAACCAAGGAAACAGUCCUUUUGGAAUGACAGCUUCUUUCGUCAACUCCUCACCUUCGUACUGGGAAUGUGCCGGAUUAUCUCAGAGCAACAGUCUGUCAUAG